AUGACGAAGUCCAUCAACUGGCCACCUCUCGCUCAACGAGCCCUCGUCGAAUGGAUUGACGACCACAAAGGGCCUCAAGGCGCAUUGAUCCAGAACUAUACACAAGCACUCACGGAACUGGUCAAGUGUCUUCGUACCAAAUUUCAAGACAACGCAUCCUUCUCCAAGGGACUUUUGGUGUCCAACGUCGAACAACGAAUCAAAUAUCUGUGGCAGUACAGACUUGAGAGUUGCCAGUCGUCCGCCGUCGAGACUUUCUUUAGAGACGGCAUCGAGGCGCUUGACUGGGACAAGCUCCACGACAAACCUGUCGCUCGAGCGUACACCAAAGACGAGCUCGCUUCGUUCAAGAAGAAAGGCAAUCGAAGCACAACCGCCACCACAGACGACUAUGAAUCGAGCAACGAUGAACGACCUAGGCGAGCAGAUAAACGCCGCCGUACGAAGAAUGGCCCUGAAGAUCAAGCACACAGCACUCGAGAACAACGAGUGGAUCGGAGACGGAAGAGCCCUCUGAAUGGCUCGGCCAAGGAGCCAGAGCCCCAAAAUGAUCAGCGCCAACCCAACCCAAACUCCAGAGGUGUCGGAUCAACCACAUCUGGGAACGAUAUGCCAUCCACUGGGCGCACGCAUAACAUGGCUCCCAUUCAACAGGACAAGCUCCCAGGCCCUGGAUUAAGAUCAAACGCCUCUACCGAUUUCUCCAAACUUCCGGUACUGAUGAGGGGCGAAGCGGACAGUGAAGAGGGUCCCUUUUUUGACAUGAAUGCCUUUGACCGUGAUAUCUACACCAUCACAGACGACAUACUGCAAGAAAAGCUGAUAGUGUCGGCCAUGUCAGGUAUUGAGUCCCGGAUCAAAUCUAUCAUCUGCUUCUAUUUCGAGGCUUCGGAUAUACCACAAAGCCAACCCAUCAUCCUUGACACGAGACUUCAAUAUCCUGACGAGUGCCGUGCCAUCAUAACUGGCAUGCUUGGAAUGAGACUUUAUGAUGAGGCCAACCGCCAAGCCGAGGCAGUCGUCGCUUUUCUGCAAACCCAAACCUCGGUGGGCGAUUUUCUCAAAUCAUUCAUUGGCAAGGCUGUCACAAAGUGGGCCCUUCAACCUGCAGUGUAUCCGAGGGCCUGGCUGGCCGAGCUUGGUGAAGGUGUCGUUGAAUCAGUCAUAAAGAAAUCAUUUGCCCCAGAACUCGGAGAAGCUGUACGGCGACGGUUAUGGAACGAGCAUCUAAAUUCCAACGUGAUCCACACCGUCGAGUCUGAAGCGCAUCACAUGGGAGCCAUGUUACUGGCAUAUAUCGACAUUGUGCUCCGCAAGGAGCCUUUGGACAAGGGGACGUUCUGGGAUCCCGAUGUCUACGGCUUGCCGUUGCGCGAGCCACGCAAGGAGAUGUCUCGCCCAUCACCGCGCCUCCAAGAAUCGCUGAAAAUGGCUUCGAUCCGGAGGUCGCUGAACGACCUAUUUCGAGAUGCGUUGGAAUUUCAGAUCCACCUGACGCGGCGACUGCAUGAGGAUUGGAUCAUCUGGUGGCCCGAAUUCCAGGAACCCUAUGAGCGCGCGCAACAUCGGAAGCGGAAGGCUCGGGAUAGUGACGACGAAGACGACGAUGCCGGUGACCCCAACAAGCAAUAUCGAGUGUGCCUAGGGUUUAUUCCCCUGGUCCAGCGGAGAUAUCUGCUAAAACACUGUAGCGACCAAUGGUCAUCGUGGAAAGUGAUGAGCCGUGGCGUGGUCAAGGUUCUCAAUCGUCGUCGUCGGGAGCAGUCUGCUUGA